UGCCCUUGCGCGCACUGGCAUGUGCUUUGCAGGGACUGCGUGUGCCACGACCACGCCCCGGGGGGGUCCUUUGUGUUUCAGGGCGGAACCACGCCCCUUUCACCCCCAAACCACCCACUCCACAGUCUUCUGCUGGAGAUACUCCUUUUCCCCAUUCCAGAGCCCGGAGAGAAUUUAACAGAAGAAGUGUCAGGUGUGAAGUUGCUGGACUGAGGGUGGGGAGUGGCAGUGUGGUGGAAGCUAGGACAAGAUCUUUGCAGAUCUUGGCCGGAGAAUGUCUGGAUGCUGGAACGCCGCGAGCCAGAGUGCUAGCCCGUCCCGGUGCCUGAAACUCCUCCAUUGUCGGCAAUCCAGGCUCCUCGCACUAGAUCGAACCCUCUGUUGUUCUUGACAUUUUCCUGCUCAGAAGCUUGUCUACUGGACUUUUUGUACUAGUUCUUCCCCUCAGUAUGACUAUGGGCAAGAGUUUUGCCUUGUCUGUGCUUCGUUUAUUACAUAUGUAAAGUUCAAAAAGGGACGAACGAGAAGGAUCUGCAACUCACUGCCAAUGGGGAGGCACACGGUCCAAGGUCCUUUUGCUCUCAGAGGAUGGGCAGAUCCUGGCCGAAGCGGAUGGGCUCAACACAAACCACUGGCUGAUCGGGACAGACAAGUGUGUGGAGAGAAUCAACGAGAUGGUGAACAGGGCCAAACGGAAAGCAGGGGUGGAUCCCCUGGUACCUCUACGAAGCUUGGGCCUAUCCCUGAGUGGUGGGGAACAGGAGGAUGCAGUGAGGAUCCUGAUGGAGGAGCUGAGGGACCGAUUUCCCUACCUGAGUGAAAGCUACUUAAUCACCACUGACGCUGCGGGGUCCAUCGCCACAGCUACGCAGGAUGGUGGGAUCGUGCUCAUCUCUGGGACAGGCUCCAACUGCAGACUCAUCAACCCUGAUGGCUCUGAGAGUGGCUGCGGCGGAUGGGGCCACAUGAUGGGGGACGAGGGCUCAGCCUACUGGAUUGCACACCAAGCAGUGAAAAUAGUGUUUGAUUCUAUCGACAACCUAGAAGCGGCUCCUCAUGACAUUGGCUACAUCAAGCAGGCCAUGUUCAACUAUUUCCAGGUGCCAGAUCGUCUAGGAAUCCUCACCCACCUGUAUAGGGACUUUGAUAAAUGCAGGUUUGCCGGGUUUUGCCGGAAAGUUGCAGAAGGUGCUCAGCAGGGAGAUCCCCUCUCCCGGUUUAUCUUCAGGAAGGCUGGGGAGAUGCUGGGCAGGCAUGUUGUAGCCGUCCUGCCUGAGAUUGACCCGGUAUUGUUCCAGGGGGAGAUGGGCCUCCCCAUCCUGUGUGUGGGCUCAGUGUGGAAGAGCUGGGAGCUGCUGAGGGAAGGUUUCCUUUUGGCACUGACCCAGGGCAGAGAGAUCCAGGCUCAGAGCUCCUUCUCCAGCUUCACCCUGCUGAAACUGCGGCACUCCUCUGCCCUGGGCAGUGCCAGCCUGGGGGCCAGGCACAUCGGGCACCUCCUCCCCAUGGACUACAACGCUAGUGCCAUUGCCUUCUACUCCUAUACCUUCUCCUAGGGGGCUGGCCCUGCUCUGCCCACUCCAAGCCCAGAGGACAUUGGAUGUGGGGAGGAGGCUUUUCUCCUUUUCCUUUUUUUAAAAUAGAAAAACACAUAUAAAAGAAAAUAAACGCACUUUACCCACUC